GAAACUCAUCCACCGGCCCAACCUCUUCAUAAAGCCAUGGAAGGAAUCGAGCACAGGACCCUGUCCGUCAACGGCAUCGCCAUGCACGUGGCGGAGAAGGGCCGCGGCGGCCCGGCCGUCCUCCUCCUCCACGGCUUCCCGGAGCUCUGGUACGCCUGGCGCCGCCAGAUCCACGCGCUGGCCUCGCUGGGGUACCGGGCCGUGGCCCCCGACCUCCGCGGCUACGGCGACACCGAGGCCCCCGCCCCGGCGGAGCGCUACACGUGCCACCACGUGGUCGGGGACCUGGUGGCGCUGAUGGACGAGCUGGGGGAGGAGAAGGUGCACGUGGUGGGUCACGACUUGGGGGCGCUCGUCGGGUGGUACCUGUGCAUGUUUAGGCCCGAGCGGGUGCGGUCGUACGUGUGCUUGACGGUGCCGUUCCGGCCGAGGCACCCGAGGAUGAAGCCCGUCGAGUCCAUGCGCGCGCUUUUUGGCGAUGACUACUACAUCUGCAGAUUUCAGAAACCCGGAGACAUUGAAUCCGAGAUCGAACGCAUCGGCGCGAGGAACAUGCUUAGGAAGAUACUCACGGAGCGCAAACCCGGUCCGCCCAUGUGGCCUAAAGGAGAAGAUGUCGGCGUCGGUCCCGGCAAGCCGGUUGCUUUACCCUCUUGGCUUACGGAGGAAGACCUUGAUUAUUACACCAGCAAGUUCGGAAAGAGGGGUUUCACCGGAGGCCUCAACUACUACCGCGCCAUGGAUCUGAAUUGGGAGCUAACAGCGCCAUGGACCGGGGUGCAAGUGAAAGUGCCAGUGAAGUUCAUAGUCGGGGACUUGGACAUGACGUACACGAGUCCAGGAGUGAAGGAAUAUGUGCACGGUGGCGGGUUCAAGAUGGACGUGCCGCUCCUGGAAGACGUCGUGGUGAUGGAAGGCGCCGGCCACUUCAUCAACCAAGAGAGGGCAGCGGAAAUCAAUUCUCACAUCCACGACUUCAUCAAGAAGUUCUGAUGGACGCUGUCCACGCCUUUCUGUUAUAUUGUAUUUCCAAGCCUUUCUGUUAUAUUGUAUUUCCAAACCUUGCGACGAU